CAUUGCUGCCAGAUCCAGCUUUGUAUGUUUGCAACCUGAUGAAUUCCAGAACCAGCAACUGUGGUUACCCAGCCAACCACUGUCCCUGCCCCUCGCGCAAGAAGUGGCAAGGGCAACCGAAGGCGCCAUGUGACGCUGUUGGGCCAUGAUUCCAUUGGCUGGUUGUAGAUGUGAUAUUUGGGUGGCUCUUAGCUCUCUGAGACCUGAGACCUCUCUGCCCUCGCACCUCAGAAACGGCAUCUAUCAGCUCCCGGCCAACUGGAAAAGACUGACACGAAUGACCAGCCAGAAAACCAAGUAGCAGGAAUGUUCUAGCAAAGAGCCUGGCCGUUGUACUGCAUCUUCGGAGUGGCAUAGUGGCCAAGGCCAUGCUCCAGCAUGCUGCUAGGCACGUGCCUGCCUCUGCUCACACCAAAGUAGAAGACUUGGUGCAAGAGGUUUUCAGCGCUUACAAGACGAACCACCACGCCUCACAAUUUGUUCUGCAGCGCGAGAAGCAUUUUCACUACUUGAAGAGAGGCCUGAGACAACUGACGGACGCCUACGAGUGCCUGGACGCCAGCCGCCCCUGGCUGUGCUACUGGAUCCUGCACAGUUUGGAGCUGCUAGACGAGCCCAUCCCAGAGUCUGUGGCUUCGGACGUCUGCCAGUUCCUAAGCCGGUGCCAGAGUCCCAGUGGUGGGUUUGGAGGAGGGCCGGGCCAGCACCCCCAUCUCGCUCCCACCUAUGCCGCUGUCAAUGCUCUCUGCAUCAUCGGCACCGAAGAGGCCUUCAACGUCAUCAACAGGGAGAAGCUCUUGGAGUAUCUGUACUCGCUGAAACAGCCCGACGGCUCCUUCAUCAUGCAUGUGGGAGGCGAAGUGGACGUCAGGAGCGCAUACUGCGCCGCCUCAGUGGCUUCGCUGACCAACAUCAUCACGCCCACACUCUUCGCAGGGACUGCCGAGUGGAUCGCAAGGUGCCAGAACUGGGAGGGUGGCAUUGGCGGAGUCCCAGGCAUGGAGGCCCACGGAGGAUACACUUUCUGUGGCCUGGCAGCGCUGGUCAUUCUGAAGCAGGAGGACUCACUGAAUCUGAAAUGUUUGUUACACUGGGUCACGAGCCGGCAGAUGCGCUUUGAGGGCGGUUUCCAGGGUCGCUGUAACAAGCUGGUGGAUGGCUGCUACUCGUUCUGGCAGGCGGGCUUGCUGCCCCUCCUCCACCGAGCACUGCAUGCCAAAGGCGACCCUGCCCUCAGCAUGACGCACUGGAUGUUUGACCAGCAGGCAUUGCAAGAGUACAUCCUCCUGUGCUGCCAGUGCCCUGCCGGGGGGCUGCUGGACAAGCCGGGCAAGUCACGGGAUUUUUAUCACACCUGCUACUGCCUGAGCGGGCUGUCGAUAGCCCAGCACUUCGGCAGCGGAGACCUGCUCCACGAGGUGGUGCUGGGAGUUCCUGAGAAUCGCCUGCAGCCGACACACCCAGUGUACAACAUCUCCCCCGACAGAGUGGUGCAGGCGGUCAUGCACUUCCUGCGGCAGCCUGUCCCCGGCAUGCCGGCGGCGGAGGCAGCGACCGGAGACUAGAUGCGGCUGCUCCCUUCGCGGAGGCUGUACAGACGGGCUCUCCUUGAGUCGGAGCGCAGCGCGGAGCCCACCCUGCGGGGCGAUCUUUGUGGUUGGAGAGCGGGGCGGACAGAGCGCUCCCCCCUUGGGCCGGUGCGAGCUCAGGGCACUAACCAGACCAAAAAUAGCCACGCCGCCCUCCUGCCAUAGGCAUGCGCGGGCCCAGGGCCACACUGACCUUCCUGCCAGGAGCAAAGCUGUUCUGAAAUAACGGGCUGUGAACGUUUUAGCAUCAAUAAACCAGAACUGGUUCCUUGGCACCAUACUAAA